CAGAUGUCACUGCAGAUGCUGAGCUGGCAGCAGCAAUUAUGAGGCGACACUUUCGUGCGUCGCUGAUCAAAACUGAAGCAUGGGAAGGAUAUGAGUUUGCAGACAUGGAGAUCAAAAUCACAGAGUCGACGGACUGUUACGGGGCUGUUCUGUGGCCCUCAGCCAUGGUGCUGUGUCAUUUCCUCGACACUCACCGUGAGGAAUAUAACCUGAUGGACAAGAACAUCAUUGAGCUGGGUGCUGGAACGGGUCUUGUUACCAUAGUAACCAGCCUCCUGGGUGCAAAGGUGACGUCAACAGACCUGCCAGAUGUCCUGAGUAACCUGAGACACAAUGUGAACCGCAACACCAGAGGGCGCUGCAGGCACGAGCCAUGCGUAACCGAGCUCAGUUGGGGACAGCUGGAGGAAAGAUUCCCGUGCACAACCUGUCAGGUGUACGCGGAUCCCUACCUCCACAAGCUCAUGGAGACCUUCAUGCACUUGAGCUCAGACGACACCAUCAUUCUGUGGGCAAUGCGGUUCCGUCUGGAUCCAGAGAACAGCUUCGUGGACACAUUUUAGAAACACUUUC